UUACGGAUUAAGCGUUACCACCAUCCCCCGUGCGCCUAAUGUCUUCCGAUUGAUACGCGUUUCCCCUUCUCUCUUGAUUAUCAUUCGUCUGCGAGGCGCUGUUCGCUCAGAACCCCGAUUGUGCGAAUCCGCGAGUUUGUCAGCGACAGGGAGCUUCUCAAGAGUAGAUUCCUCUAGCAAUGGCCACAACCAUGGACGCUGCCGCUCCUACGAAGGACAAGACGACGCAGGAAUACUCUGAGGACCAGCUUCCAGAGUUCAGUCCCAUGCCAUGGACUCUGAGUGAGAUCCGCGCGGCCAUCCCGCCUCACCUUCACGUUCGCCAGACUUGGAAGGGUUUGUUGUACUUGGCUCGUGAUGUCAUCUUGGCGGCCAUCGUCUGGAAACUGGGUCUCGGUAUCGACCCCACCUUCAAGAGCGCCGCUGCUGUGCAGACGCUUACUCCCGUCGGUGCUGAAGUUGCUCGCUGGGGUGCUUGGCUUGUCUAUUGGUGGUUCCAGGGAUUGAUCUUCACCGGCAUUUGGGUCAUCGGCCAUGAGUGCGGUCACGGCGCAUUCUCUGAUAACAAGCGUGUCAACGACAUUGUUGGCUUUAUCACGCACACCUUCCUCUGGACUCCCUACUUCAGCUGGCAGAUUUCGCAUCACCGUCAUCACAGCAACCAUGCGUCCAUGGAGCGCGAUGAGGUGUACGUUCCGAAGACCCGCAGUGAUGUCGGCCUCCCGAAGGAGGAUGGAAUCAACAAAAUCGACUAUGAAGAAUACCUCGGCGACACCCCUAUCUACACUCUCUACAUGCUCCUUCGCCAGCAGUUCCUCGCGUUCCCAGCCUACUUGCUCUUCAACGUUUCCGGUCAGAAGAACUACCCUAAGUGGACGAACCACUUCGAUCCUAACUCGGUUCUGUUCACGAAGAGGCAGCGCAAUGUCGUCAUCAUGUCGAACAUCGGUAUCGCAGCGAUGGUCUGGGGUGUGAUGGAGUCAAGCAGGAUCUGGGGCUUCUCCGAGGUCAUGAAGCUCUACGGCAUCCCGUGGCUUUUGGUCACUCACUGGUUCAUCAUGAUCACGUACCUGCACCACACUGACAUCGAGCUACCGCACUACCGCAAUAAGCAGUGGAACUUCCAGCGUGGUGCCGCUGCCACCGUCGACCGUAACUUCCUGGGCUGGCAAGGUCGUUUCUUCCUCCAUGACGUCGCGCACUUCCACGUCAUCCACCACUUCUUCCCGAUGAUGCCCUUCUACCACGGCCCCGAGGCGACCAAGUACCUCAAGGAGUUCAUUGGCGAUCACUACCGGUACUCCGACAAGCCCGUCUUCAAGGCGCUCUGGGACACCUACAACGAGUGCCAGUUCGUUGAGGACGAAGGUGAUGUGAUCUUCUACCGCAACAAGAAGGGCCAGGCGAUGGUCCGCCCUGCCGCUCCCUACAGGGAACCAUCCACUCCGGCUACGGUUGCGGCUCAGUGAAGCAGCUCAUCUGCGCGGUCGGGCCUCGUGUCU